AUGCCACCUCAAUGCACUCUGGCUGGACCGGAUGUGCUCAUUGUGCGUCAUUUCUACUUAUCACCCUGGGGAAUACGAGAGUACAAUAUACCCUAUUGCGAGUACUCAACGAUUAACGGUUCGAAUGUGUGUGUGUGUGUGUGUGCUUGGGCGUCUGUUUGUGUGUGUACUUGUGUGUUAUCUCGCAGCCUGGUUCUGGUUCAGUUUUCGUUUUCCGUUAGUGCAGCAUUUAUCCUCGACGACGUUGGUUCGUUUCGCCUUCGCCCUCUGUCAUUGUCACUGUCGGUGUCGCUGUCGCAGUCUCACUCGUUAGUUGCCGUCAUCUGUGAACGCCCCGAGCCUACGCCUACGCCCACGGCCACGCCUACUACGCUCACGCCCACGCGCAUCAGCAGAAGAAGAAGAGGAGUAGGAGGAACAGCAACAACUGGAACAGAAACAACAACAACAACAACAGGAACAACCACAAUGUUUCAGUCAUUUGCAAUAUUCAUGCUCCUUGUUGCCGUCCAGGCGCAGCAACAAUAUGCAUCAAAUGCGGAUGCUGCCGCCGAGUUGCAGGCAACGGAGACGGCAGCAACGCCAUUUGGUCACAAACAGUUAACCAGAUGCUGCCAAAGCUGCUAUCAGCAGUUUGCGGGGGAUUGGCAUUAUUGCACGGAUUUCGUUGAUUGCAGAAAAUGCUGGCAAAACUGCCAAAGGCAAUGGGCGCCCUUUGAGCUGCGCGUACACCACGCCCAGCGACAGGGCGCAUUGGUUCUGACCGACAUCGGCUGGGACGAGCUUAUUGCGAACGCAUCGCGUCAAUGCCUGAUCACCUGGGAGGUAUCCGGUGGCGGGCUCAUGGGCAACCUGCUAACGGAUACGGCACGCGCCGAGCUAUCACUUUGGCCCGAUACGGUCUACAACAUACAGGUGACCUGCAAGCAUAAGCUAACGGGUCAGAUGCGUCGCUCCCUCAAGCUCAAUGUGGACACACAUCAGCUGCUGUCAGCGUCAGCGAUGGCGUCGGCGUCGGCGUCAACGUCAAAGGCAGCGCUGCCAACGUCAAGGACAACGACAACGAUAACCAAUCGCCGGACAAUUUCAAGCUUUGUGCCCGUCUCCGUUCCCGUGUUUAUGUCAACGACAGCACCAUCGGCAGCAUCCACAACAACCAAAGCAGCAACAACAAGAAAUGCAGCAAAAGAAGCUGCAACAACAGCAACAGCAGCAACAACAAACAAAACCACAGUGCAACGUGUUCGACCCACGGACCGUGUGUACAUCAUCAGUGCGCUGCCAACGGCAAGCCAAUUGAGCGGCGUUGUGUAUCCGGCAUUUGGUGCGUUGGCCUUCUUUUUGGCCCUGUUGGUCAUGUUCCUGUUUCUGCGUCCGCAACGCAAGCGGUCAGCUGAUGCGGACGCGGAUACCGCAUCUCUGCUAAGCGGACGUCGCUCCUCGCGACUCUCCAUGGACAACUCCACGUUGCAUGUAUAAACAAAAACUAGCUAACUUAAAACAAAAAAAAGAAAUUAAAGUAAAGUAAAGGAAGCGAAGUAGAAAAAAAAAACCAAAAAAUAACAACAACAAAAUCAAUCCGUACUAAAAGAAAAUGAGAACUUGUAGUCGUAUAUGUCUGACUAUGUGAUAUUCUGCACCCAAAUUGUACAUAAUAUAUACACACACAUACACACACACAACAUACACACAUGCGUACUAACUAACUACAUCAUAUACUUUCAACUAACAUGCAUAAAUCUUAAUAACAUACAUAUGCGGGAAUUGUUCCAAGUUAGUUUGGAUAAAAAAAAAAAUGUUGCAUACUUUUUGCAACCGAAAAGUAUGUGAAAUAGCUGCAAAAGCGAAAGUUGGAACAGCUUUUGUUUAUGUAGUUAUUGUAUCAAAAUAUCUCACAUCAAGUCCAAAAACUAAAGCAAAAAAGAAAA